GCAUCAGUAAAGGCAUCAGGAGCUGGUCUUCACCAGACCACCCUGGAGACAACAUCUGUGUGAUUUGGAUAUUCAUGUAUCGGUGCCUUUAACGUUAAGCAUGAUCAAGAACUUCCUCAGCAACCGAACAUGGUACGGCUUUUCGUUCAACAACUACAGCGUGUUGGAAUACCACGGCAUCAUGAUGCGGGCACAGGGGGAAGACCACUGGUUCCCCCCUGCCACAGAGGGCAUCCUGGUCUGUUGCUACUGUCUCGUCAUCCUCUUCGGUCUCCUAGGCAACCUCCUGGUGUGUGUUGUCGUGUACCGGAACGCCCAGCUCCGCUCCCCGAGGAAUCUCCUGAUUUUGAAUUUGUCACUGUGCGAUAUCAUAAUGUGCGUAAUAUGCAUGCCCUUCUCUUUAAUCCGAAUGACACUGAAGAACUGGCCCCUCGGAGAAGCUUUGUGUAAGAUUGUGCCUUCUUUGCAGACAAUUGACGUGUUUGUGGGCACAUUUACUAUCGUGGCCAUAGCGUUUGAUAGAUACAAGGCCAUAGUCUGUGUUGUGAGGGAACGCCGUCAACGAAAGCCUGUUAUGUAUGUCAUCAUUGGGAUCUGGGUUGCAGCGCUAGUGAUGUCGCUACCGAUGUUAAUGUUUCACCGAGUUCACACCGCAGACAUGGUGGAGUACCACGUGUGCGUGGAAGACUGGCCGUCGGAUCCCUUCAAAGGGAUUUACACUACUGUAAUCAUGAUAGUUCAAUACAUGACACCGACGCUCGUUAUAACUAUUCUGCACGCACGGAUAUGUCACUUCCUGCGUUUGCGCAUCGAGGAAAAUCCUACAACGGAAGCCGAAAACAAUCGGGCCCUGAGGUACAUGCGACAACACCGACGGAACCUGCUACUUCUCACCGCCAUCGCUGUUUCAUUUUCAAUCACCUGGCUUCCACUGACGAUCCUUAAUGUUACAGCGGACUUUGAUUACAUGCUAUUUGCUGACAAGAACUUUAACCUAAUGUACGCAAUCUGCCUGCUAAUAGCAAUGGGAUCUGCUGGCUUGAAUCCUCUGUAUUAUGGAUGGUUCAACGUCAACUUCAAGAACGCGUUCUUUGAGCUUCUGUGUCAGCCGGACGGUGACAGCGCCCAGGACAGGAGUAGUGGCAGCGGUAAUGGCUCGAAUGCUAAAACGGGAUUCAAAUACGAAACCUUUAAGGUUGAUUCAAGGGAGGGGUCGAUCAGGCAAAGCAACUAAAUCUUACAUUCCCUAAUAUGUCAAACAAUGCAAUACCAUACAGCGCAGAAACCCACCUUACGGGACAGUAUUGCGAUAACCUGCACCUAAGUCACUUUCUUCACAUACAUAGAUCAUGCAAUAUCUUAAACGGGUUCGGUGGCAAACUUUAGGAUAUGGUUUGGUUGCUCACAGCUUAUGUUAUUAUUUUUGUUCUGGGACUAAAGAAACUAAAUUAUCGGAAAUCUGCAGUGGAUAUGAGGUCAGUGUAGAUCAUGCUAAGUUGGUUCCUCACCCAAACAAAUGAAGUGCAUAUUAAUAUAGUAAUUAGAGUAGUGCAUCCCUUGUGUCAAUGUCCAAUCAAUAUGCGGACGAUUGUAGCCGCGAACCAGCUUCGCCCAUUUCGCGUAGUAUGAGAAAUACAGUCUAAGGAUUGGACCACUCGAUGGACGGUCUUCCACUGGGUCGAUGAUUCGACGUUGAACAAAGUCCAUUUGCUCGUCGGAUAUGUAGGGCUGUCACGUAUUAAUCAUAUUUAACUCAUAACGUUUCUUGAAGGAGUCCUUUAGAUUUUUGGCGCAAUGUUUGAUUGGGUUUAAUAUCGCAAUGAACAGUAUUGCAGGUAUGUCACUGCAAGUGUCUAAAACGAUGAAAGCCAAAGUACUGACUAAUCAGGUACCACAUUCAGACCCACGGCCAACGGCUAAAGAAUGGAACGAGCGAAGUUCACUCCUUCUUAACCCAGUUUAUGCUCUUUGAACAAUGUAUCAGUCUUGGCAUUGCAUAGUUUUCCAAACAUAAGGAUGAAGGACCUUGACGUCUGUAAAAG